AUGAGCUCAUGGAAUGAUUCCCUUCAUUUCUGCAAUUGGGUUGGCGUUACAUGCAACCGUUGCACCAAAAGAGUUGUGAUUUUGAAGCUGACUGCUCAAAAAUUGGCAGGCUCCUUACCAAAAUCUAUAGGAAAUCUUUCUCACCUUACCGGAAUCGACCUGAUGAACAACAGCUUUGCUGGUGAAAUUCCUCAAGAAAUAGGUCGUCUCGGGAGCCUGCGAUCUCUCAACCUGUCUCGGAAUUCCUUUGGCGGCAAAAUUCCAAGUAAUAUAUCUCACUGUGCACAACUAAGAGAGCUUCGUUUGGCUCACAAUGAGCUUAUUGGAUCCAUUCCGAACCAACUCAGUUCAUUGGUGAAUUUAUAUUAUGUAUCUGCUACUCGUAACAAUCUCACUGGAGCGAUCCCAAAUUGGAUAGGAAACUUUUCUUAUUUGCAUAUCUUUAUCUUGCAAAACAAUUUUCGAGGAAGCAUACCAAAUGAGCUCGGGCGUCUGACACGCUUGGCGGAAUUUGGAAUUCCAUUGAAUAAUCUGUUUGGUAUUGUCCCUUCUUCAAUCUAUAAUAUUUCUUCCAUUACAACUUUCGAUGUUACUGGGAACCAGCUGCAUGGAGAGCUACCACCAAAUGUUGGCAUUAGUCUUCCCAAUCUCGAAGUUUUUUCAUGUGGUAUGAACAACUUCACAGGAGCUAUUCCUGCGUCGUGGUCAAAUUCUUCUAGACUUCAGGAGCUUGAUUGUUCUGGAAAUGGUUUGACCGGGACACUCCCUGCUGAAAAUCUUGGAAGGUUGCGAAGCUUAGUUUGGAUAAACUUCAGUCGCAAUAGACUGGGAAGUGGGAAAGCUGGUGACUUGAAUUUUCUCAGCUUCUUGGCUAAUUGUACUGGCCUAGAGGACUUGUUUCUGGACGAUAACCAUUUUGGAGGAGAAUUGCCAAGCAUCCCUGAAGGCAUUGGGAAUCUUACAAGCUUGGCCCUUCUUGGAAUGGAGGACAACUAUUUCAGUGGUAGUGUCCCUGAUGCCAUUGGGAAGCUUCAAAAGUUACAGGAAUUGCAUAUGGAUGUUAACAAAUUUUCUGGGCCAAUACCGUCCUCCCUAGGUAACUUGACUUCAUUGAUAACGGUAUUCAUGGACGAGAAUAGGUUUGAGGGAAGUAUACCUCCAAGUCUUGGGAACUGCCAAAGUCUACUCACACUUGACGUUUCUAAUAAUCGUCUAACAGGCACCAUACCUAGAGAGAUUUUUGGGAUUUCAUCCCUUUCAGUUUCUUUGAGAAUUUCUAACAAUUCUUUGACUGGUUCGUUACCAUCUGAAGUGGGUGAUUUGGUGAAUCUUGUGGAGCUGGAUGUGUCAGGAAAUAAGUUAUCAGGUGAAAUCCCAACAACUCUAGGCGGUUGUAUUAUGUUGGAGCGCCUGUAUAUGCAAGGUAAUGAAUUUGAAAGAACAAUUCCUGAGUCUCUUAAAGGUUUAAGAAGCUUGGAAGUAAUGGAUAUUUCACACAACAACUUAUCCGGGGAGAUUCCUAAAUUUUUAGAAAAGCUCAGGUUUCUUAAGUAUCUCAAUCUUUCUUAUAAUGAUUUUGAAGGUGAAUUGCCUAAAGAAGGGAUCUUUUCAAAUGCAAGUGGUCUCUCAAUUAUUGGAAACAAUAGGGUCUGUGGUGGUCUCCCAAAAUUACUUUUACAUGCAUGCUCCAUCAAAAAGUCCAAUUCAUCAUCUCAUCGACUACUUGCCCCAAAGGUAAUCAUCCUUGUAGCUUGUGCAGUUGCAUGCAUAAUUGUUCUGUCAUGCUUCAUUGUUGCUCGUUCGAAGGUGAAAAAGUCAAGAGGUGGCCUAGUAACUUCAGAUUCUUAUAAGGGCUGGAAAUCAGUCUCUUACUUGGAACUCGUUGAGUCAACUAACGGCUUCUCUGUGGACAAUUUGAUUGGUUCCGGAAGUUUUGGUUCUGUUUACAAAGGAGUACUUCCUAGUGAUGGGAGGGCAGUUGCUGUUAAGGUAUUAAAUCUUCAACAACGAGGAGCUUUCAGGAGUUUCAUUGACGAAUGCAAAGCUUUAAGAAGUAUACGGCACCGUAAUCUUCUCAAGAUCAUUACUGCAUGCUCGAGCAUUGAUAAUCAGGGUAAUGACUUCAAGAGUCUAGUAUUCGAGUUCAUGGCAAAUGGAAGUCUAGACUCAUGGCUGCAUCCUAGAGAUGAUGAGCAACCUCAACAAAGUAAGAGAUUGAGCCUUAUCCAAAGACUCAAUAUUGCGACUGACGUUGCUUCUGCAUUAGAUUAUCUCCACCACAGUUGUGAAACAACCAUUGUUCAUUGUGAUCUAAAGCCAAGCAAUGUUCUUCUUGGUGAAGAUAUGGUAGCCCAUGUUGGUGACUUUGGUUUAGCAAGGUUCCUCUUGGAAGCAUCAGAUAAUUACUCCCAAAGUCAAACCAUGUCAGCUGGGCUAAGGGGUUCGAUAGGCUACAUUCCUCCAGAGUACGGCAUGGGAGGCCAAGUUUCCAUUCUGGGAGAUAUUUAUAGCUUUGGAAUACUGUUGCUAGAAAUGUUCACUGGAAAAAGACCUACAGAUGACAUGUUCAAAGAUGGUCUAAGCAUUCACCAAUUCACAGCAAUCAAAAUGCCUGACCAUGUCAUGGACAUAAUUGACCCUUCAUUGCUCAUUGAAAGAAAUGAUGCACAUGGUGAUGGAGAAAGAUACGAAAGUGAAAUACGAACAAGACGAACCACAAGCUAUCAGCAUGGCAGCCCUAUCCAAGCAACAAGAUUGGAGGAAUGUUUGGUUUCAGUGAUGCAGAUAGGACUCUCAUGCUCUGCAAUAUCACCAACUGAGCGGGGGCAAAUGGAUGUUGUUGUCAACACACUGAAGGCAGCUAGAGACUCCUAUCUCAAUUUGAGAAGAAGAAGAGAAGAAUGA